UCGUUUUUCCCGUGUCAGCUGUUAGUCGAUAUGGAGUCAAUUUAACAGGACUGUGCAGGACAGUCAGUGGUUUGUUGUGAUACGUGAUUAUCGUCAAGGUCGUCUUUGUGUAAAAAGUUUCGCGUUCGGUGUGUUUUUCGUAAGAUUCAUCGUUUUUUAGGGGGAUAAUCUGUGCGAUUUGUACGGUGGCUAACGCGGACGAAUCUGUAUUACCAAUGAAUAACGCAGCAUCGUCGGACUGCACGAAUUCGAGGCGGUACUUUGUUAAUUUCAACCAGGAUUGCACAUCACUCGCAGUUGGCAGUCAAAACGGUUAUAGACUUUUCGCUUUAAACAAUAGCAUAGACGCCCUCGAACAGAUUUACAAUAACACAACCGAAGAUUCAUGCAUAGUUGAGCGAUUAUUUAGCAGCAGUUUGGUGGCGGUCGUUUCGAUAUCGACGCCGCGGAAGUUACAGGUGUGUCAUUUCAAGAAAGGCACGCAAAUAUGCAACUAUUCGUACUCGAAUACGAUAUUGGGAGUCAAACUAAACAGAGCAAGACUUGUAGUAUGUAUGAUAGACAGCAUAUGUAUACACAACAUUCGAGAUAUGAAAGUUCUCCACACGAUACGGGACACACCUAGAAACCCCCAAGGAUUAUGCGCCCUCAGUACAAACAAUGAGCAUUGUUAUUUAGCUUAUCCCGGUUCAUUAACCGUGGGGGAAGUCCAAAUUUUCGACGUUAUGAAUUUGCAAGCCAAAACGAUGAUUCCAGCCCACGAAAGUCCCGUGGCGGCUUUGGCGUUUAGCCCGAGUGGUAUUCGGAUAGCCACCGCUUCCGAAAAGGGUACCGUAAUUCGGGUGUUUUCGGUUGUUGACGGUUCAAAAGUGUUCGAAUUCAGGAGGGGUAUGAAACGGUGCGUUGCGAUCUCUUCGUUGGUGUUCAGCAUGUGUUCUGGGUUUUUGGCGUGUAGUAGUAAUACAGAAACUGUGCAUGUUUUUAAAUUGGAGGAAACCAGCAAUGCUGAUUUUAAACGUGGUGAUGAUUCAUCUUGGAUGGGUUAUUUAUCGACGUAUCUUCCAACGCAAGUUUCGACGGUGCUUAGUCAAGGAAGAGCAUUUUCAACAGCUCAUUUACCCGUGAGUGGUGUUAGAAAUUGCGUUGGAAUCACAGUUAUUCAAAAUCAACUGAGAUUAUUGGUAGCGACUGAAGAUGGGGUCCUCUACGUUUAUAACAUUGACCCAAACGAAGGUGGCGAUUUAAGUUUGAAAGUUCAGCACCGUUUGGACGGCGGAAUGGAAGAAACGAGCGAAUUAGAUUCCGUCAGCAACAGAACGACGACGGAGCAUGUUAACGUCGAAGCGGCAUCAGGCUCGACAAUAGGUUCCUACGCGGGCGUCCUCAAAGGCAACCCAAUCGGACAAAUGUCAGGUACUGACUCGGAAAAGUUCCGUGAGAUGGCGGCAGCUACCGAAUCGCCCCCAAAGGGGGGUUUCCAGUUUAACGACGACCAAGAGUAUCCACCGUUAACGCAAAAGACCGACUGAGAUUCAAUCGGGUGCCGUCAGUGUCGCUACCAGAUGAUGUUUGGGACGAUAUUCUUAAUACACGUUCUAGUGCGGAUGAGCGAAGAACUCAUAUUUUAUCUAUUGAGCUUGGAUGAGUGAAAUUAAUUUUUUAAUAUGUUUUUUUUUGUCGUUGAGUAAGCGCAGUAUUGUUGUAUUACCUUUUUUUUAUUUGGGUUGGUGUUAAUGACUUUAUUUUAUCAAAAAAUUUGCAAAAAAUUAAUAAUAA